AUGUCGGACUCGGACUCGGACGACAACGUGGGCGCCUUUACCUGGGAGCAAACGUAUGAGCGCCCGUGGGAGACCCUGCGCGAGGCUGGCGAUGGCACACUGGUGGGUGUGGACAAGCUGAGGCAGAAUCUGCUGGAAAACACACGGGUCGAGGCCGAUGACGAGGGCAUGGUCCGCCGUGGCAUCAUCCGACGGCUGUUUGUCAUCCUGGACAUGUCGACGUCGCUGCGGGCAACCGACAUGCGGCCGACGCGGCAUGCAGUGGUGGUCAAGGCCAUGGAGGCGUUUGUGCGCGAGUUCUUUGACCUGAAUCCCAUCUCGCACAUGGGCAUUAUCGUGACCAAGUCGCGCAAGGCGACGCUUGUCACCGAGAUGGGCGGCAAUCCAUCGCAGCACAUCGAGGCACUGUCCGGCCCAGGCCUGACCGUUGGCGCCGAGCCCUCGCUGCAGAACGCGCUCAACUUGGCCAAGACAUCACUUGCCUCGCUGCCAAAGUACGGCGCCCGCGAGAUCCUCGUCGUCUUCUCGUCGCUCACAACAUGUGAUCCAGGCAAUGUGCUUCACACCAUCAAUGAGGUCCGCGACGCUGGAAUCAGAGCGUCAGUCAUCGGCUUUGGCGCUGCGCUGCGGGUCCUGCAGUACCUCGCCGACGCCACGGGCGGAAAGUACGCCGUCCCGACCUCGUCACACCACUUUCGACAGAUCCUGCUCUCGCAUGCGGUUCCGACCCCUGUCAAGCGCGGGGCCAAGGCCUUUGGUAACGCGCUCGUCAAGAUGGGCUUUCCUGGCGUCGAGACGCCGGCAGGGCCGGAGCACAACCCAGGAACGGUGACCGACACCCGGGCCGUCGCUUCGCUCUGCGCCUGCCACCAGUACCUCACGGAUACUGGCUACAUCUGCCCCAACUGCGGGUCCAAGAUGUGCGAGAUCCCGACCGAUUGCGUCACCUGCGGACUGACCCUGGUGGCCCCGCCGCAUCUCGCCCGCUCCUACCACCACCUCUUUCCUGUUGCCAAGUACGAGCCGCCAUCGGCCGACGUGCUCGCCGCUCUCCCGGGCUCGUGCUUUGCCUGUGCCGCCCUCCUCCCACCAGUUGCUACUGUUGACAACGCGCCGUUUCGCGUCUGCCCGCUCUGCCACCAGCUCUUUUGUUUCGAGUGUGACAACUUUGUCCACGACACGCUCCACAACUGUCCCGGGUGCCAGAUGCCGGCUCACGCGCCCGCCGAGCCGCAAAAGGCAUCGUAUCCGAGUCAGGCAGCGGCGGCAACCUCGUCGCAGCCCUGAGCUCACUUGCCCUGCUGCGAGUAAAAGAGAACGAGCUCCUUGAACCGGGCCUUGCACUCC